AUGGUUGUUGAUAGUGAAUGUCGCAUUUUAAAUAUUAAUGCCAAAUAUGGAGGAGCUACGCAUGACGCUUUUAUUUGGGAAAAUAGCCAAGUGAAUAGCUAUAUGCAAGAACUACAUCGUAACCAUGAACAAGUUUGGUUAUUAGGUGAUUCCGGAUAUCCACAAAGGCCGUGGUUGAUGACACCCAUUACCGAUGCCGUUGAGGGUAGCCCCGAAGCGAAUUAUACGUCGCUUCACGGUAAAGCGAGGGUGGUCAUCGAAAACACCUUUGGCAGAUUGAAGAACAGAUGGAGGUGUGUCAACAAGGAUCGCACUCUUCACUAUUCACCGGAAAAGUGCGCCAAAAUAAUAAUAGCUUGUUGUGUAUUACAUAAUAUAGCCCUUAAAUUUGGCGUACCUGAUCCAGAGGAGAACGAUCCUACUAUUGAAGAGGACCCCGUAUCUCAACCAACCGAAUCAAUUGCAGGGAAUACGAGUUCGAGCGGCGAUUUAAUAAGAGGCCGUGCUCUAAGAAGACUUCUUGUAGAUAGAUUAAAUUUAAUG